AUGUCUGCGCCUACACAAAAACCCCACGAGGCUCUGGCCGCCGAUACCUUUGACGACAGUGACUCGACUUUCUCUGGCGUAAGUUCAGCGGCGAGUAUCCCAAUAGCGCCAAACAGCAUGCGCGAUAUUGCACUGAGAGUCAGAGCUAAACCACAGACCGAUUCAGAAAGUUUAGAGUCACUUCGAUCCAGCGUCUUGCGGUUCCAAGAGGAGAAUGGACGAACAUAUCAUGCCAUGAGCUCUGGCAAAUACAACUUUCCCAAUGAUGCGUCUGAAAGUGAUCGUCUAGAUCUGCAGCAUAAUCUCUGGCUACUCACCCUGCAAGGAGAGCUUGGUCUGAGUCCGAAGAUAAAAGAGCCUGCCAAACAAGUCAUGGAUGUUGGCACUGGAACUGGCAUCUGGGCUAUCGAAUAUGCUGAUCUUCACCCAGAAGCUCAGGUCGUUGGCGUUGAUCUCAGUCCCAUUCAACCUUCACUGGUCCCGCCAAACUGCAUCUUCGAGAUUGACGAUCUCGAAAAAGAAUGGACCUGGUCAGAGCCUUUUGACUUUAUCUUCUGCCGCGUCAUGACAGGAUCCUUCGCCGACAUGGAAAAAUUCGUUCAAAAUGCCUACGAUAAUCUCGAACCUGGCGGCUAUCUCGAAAUGCAAGAUCUAACAUAUCCCAUCGCCUGCGAUGACGGAACACUCCCCCCAGAUUGCGAAGUGCUCCGCUCUGGUCUUCUAAGUAUUGAAGCCAGUGCCAAAGCAGGAAGGGCUAUCAACCUUGCUCCCAAGUACAAGAGCUUCCUUGAAAAAGCUGGGUUUGUGGAUGUGGUGGAGAAACAGUUCAAGUGGCCUAUUAACGAGUGGCCUAAGGAUAAGCACUAUAAGGAAUUGGGGAAAUGGUCUUACGCUAAUAUUAACAAUGGGCUGGAGGGUUUGUUACUAGGGUUGUUUACGAGGUUUUUGGGCUGGAGUGCGGAUGAGGUUCGUGUGUUUUGCAUCGCGAUGAGGAAGCAGCUGCGAGAUCGAAGUAUUCAUGCUUACAUCCCGGUAUACGUGGUCUACGGAAGAAAGCCACUGGAAGAGCCUGUAACCAAAGGCUAG